CAUCGGAGUAAAGACUGUUACGUUUCCCAUUUAUCAGAUCUACCGAACGUUCGUUUGAUAGCCGAAAUCCGACCUCUGUAUCAAAAACAUUUACACACGAAUCUUGCUUAAUCUCACCGACAAUUUUGCUCGAAUUUCUCGUUUGGAAAUCUUCACUAAUAAGGUUUGAUCAUUGUUCGGUUUUUGAUCUCGUUUGAUCGGAGGAGAUACGAUGUGGAGCACGAAUCUUGCGAAUUUGAAAGAAAACCUAAAUAAAAUCGCCUUGGAUGUUCACGAUGAUGACGAUGAGGAUGAAGCCGAUGAUUAUGAGAAGCUAUCGGAGAUCCCUAAUUCUAGAAACUCUUCGUUUUCUGAUCGGAGAGUUUCUCUCAAUCAUAGUCGUAACUUUUCCCCCAUCGCCAAUGGUCUAGAUUCGACUUCUAAUUCAGAGAUUGAACAAUACAAAGCAGAGAUCAAGAGGCUUCAGGAAUCUGAGGCACAGAUCAAGGCACUAUCAGUUAAUUAUGCAGCUUUACUAAAAGAAAGAGAGGAUCGUAUUUCUCGAUUGAAUGAUGAAAAAAGUUUGUUUAAGAAAAACCUUGAUGCAUAUAGAAGCGAGAGUUUGAAGUCUUCAGCAAAUAGCCCAAAAGGGUCCAAGAAAAACCGUUCUUUUGGAAAGAAGGUGGUGCAAAAUGGUGUGAUAUUAAAAGAAGAUGCAUCAGGAAAUGGAGUUUCACACUCGAAUAAGAAUGGGAAUUCAAGCAGUGAAGGCAAUGAAAAGGAGCUAUCUGAUUUGCUGGAGGAGAAAAACAAAUCUCUUGCAAGACUUCAGUUAACACAUGACCAAAAAAUAAAAGGAUUACAAGAGGAACUUGAUAAAGAACGUGGAAAGCUGGCAAGUUUGCACUUCAGAUUCCAAGAGGAACAGAAGUUGAACAGAUCUUUCCAGGAUGAACAGAAUAGCUUAAAGGCGGAUAAAGAAAAUAUGCUCACAGAGAUGAAUAAAAUAAGAGAUGAGCUGAGCAGAAAAGUAUCUGAAAUAAGACAUUUGCAGAUGGAAUUAAACAAAAAGGAAAACACAGAAGCAAAUGAUGCUACUGAGCGUCUUAAAAGAACAGUGGCAGCCCUGGAAAAAGAGAACAUUGAUCUCAAGAUGGAGAAAAAGGAACUCAAGGUUGCUUUGGAAGUUGCUAAUAAAUCUGCAACUUUAAAUUCAAACGGUGUACACGAGGUAUCAGGAAGUUUUCCUGGCAAAGAAGAAAUGGAGUCCUCUUUGCAGAAACUGGAAAAAGAUCUGAAAGAAACAUCAAAUGAAAGGGACAAAGCAUUACAACAACUAAAUCGGCUUAAACAACAUUUACUGGAAAAGGAGUCUGAAGAUUCAGAAAAAAUGGAUGAAGACAGCAAGAUAAUCGAAGGGCUACGAGAAAACAAUGAAAGUUUAAGAGCUCAAAUAAGACAAUUGGAGAGAUCUUUGAAUCAGGCAGAAGAGGUUAAGAUGAUAAAUAGCAACGAACUUUUGAAGUCCAGGGAAAUCAUUAAUGAUUUAAAUAAAAAAAUAGAUGCGAAAAAUAUCGAACUGUUAAAUCUCCAAACUGCCCUUGGUCAGUAUUAUGCUGAAAUAGAAGCUAAGGAACAUUUGGAAAGGGAAUUGGCUUCUGCAAGAGAAGAAUCUGCUAAACUUUCUGAGCGUUUAAAGGAGGCGUAUGAACAAGUGGAGACAACAAAGCAGGAAAAGGAGGAAAUAAUGGAAAAACUCUCACAUGCUGAAAGAGUCUUAGCAGAAGGAAAAGGGAGAGUGAAUAAAUUAGAAGAAGAUAACAGCAAACUACGCCGUGCUCUUGAACAAAGCAUGACAAGACUUAACAGAAUGUCAAUGGACUCUGAUUUUUCUGUUGACAGGCGGAUUGUGAUCAAAUUGUUGGUGACUUACUUUCAGAGGAACCAUAGUAAAGAGGUUCUGGAUCUUAUGGUACGCAUGCUAGGAUUCUCUGAGGAUGAGAAACAGAGGAUCGGGGUCGCUCAGCAAGGAGCAGCAGGCAAAAGUGUUGUCCGUGGUGUUUUUGGUCUACCAGGUCGUCUAGUUGGUGGCAUGUUAAGUGGGGCCUCAUCCGAUACUUCUGCCAACAUGGCAUCAGAUAAUCAGUCGUUUGCGGAUAUGUGGGUUGAUUUUCUAUUAAAAGAAGGUGAAGAAAGGGAAAAGAGAGAAUCCUCAUCCUCCUCCUCCUCUCAAAACAAUGUUGAUGGAAUUGGAAUUGGAAUUAGUAGUAGUAAUCCAAUUCCCGCAAACCACACUUCACGUAAUUCCGAGUUUUCAACAGUUCCUCUCGCAUCACCAGACAACAAUCCAAGUAGAUUCUCAAGACAAAUUCCAAGAUACUAAAGCAAGGAUUUUGGCUUGUUUGUUCGUUUGUUUGUGUAGUUUUAGUUACUUGCUUACAUAUGAUAUCUAUAGUUAUAUAUCCAUGUUCAAUUUAUUCUUUUGAUUUAUAAAUUGUGAGAGUGUAUUCUUGAUAAGAUGAUGAUGAUGAUGAUGAUGAUGUUGCAUACAUG